AUGGAGUUUCCGAGAACCAGGGGAGAUGAAAUGGCUGAGACUGAGCGGAAGCAGGAACUCUCUGCAGAACGAGCUUAUGACAUCUUGAAGCAUGUAAGCGAUGAGGAUUAUGAGGCUCUGGGGUUCAAUGUGAAGAUGGCUCGACCAGACUGGUUCAUCCUCACGAUCCUGCCAGUGCCUCCUCCAUAUGUGAGGCCUUCAGUGAUGAUGGACAGCUCUGCAAGGUGUGAAGACGACUUGACACACAAGCUGUUUGACAUCAUCCGUGCCAACAACGACCUGCGACGUCAGGAACAGAAUGGAGCCCCACAGCAUAUCAUCAACGAGUACAGUGACUUGUUGCAGUUCCACAUCACCACCUACUUCGACAACACGAUUCCAGGCAUGCCCAGGUCCAACCAGCGGUCUGGACGUCCGAUCAAGUCAAUCAGCCAGAGACUGAAAGGGAAGGAGGGCAGGAUCCGAGGGAACUUGAUGGGGAAGCGAGUGGACUUUUCUGCGCGGACAGUCAUCACUGGUGACGCAAACAUUGGAAUCGACGAAUUGGGCAUCCCAUGGUCCAUCGCUCUGAACAUGACAUACCCGGAGACAGUCACACCUUUCAACUAUGAGAAGUUGAAGAAACUUGUGGAAAAUGGGCCCCAUCCGCCAGCUGGUGAGACUGGGGUGAUGUUCAUCAUCCGUGAAGAUGGGCGCCGUCUGGAUUUGCGGUACCUAAAGAAGGACAGCGACAGGCACUUGGAGAUGGGGUACAAGGUGGAGAGGCACCUGAUGAAUGGCGAUGUCGUGCUCUUUAACCGACAGCCAUCAUUGCACAAGAUGUCAAUGAUGGGUCACAGGGUGAAGAUCCUUCCAUAUAGUACCUUCCGUUUAAACCUAGCGGUUACGUCGCCAUACAAUGCCGACUUCGAUGGUGAUGAGAUGAACAUGCAUGUUCCUCAAACACCUGAAACUAGGGCAGAGACGCUUGAGCUCAUGAUGGUGCCCAAGUGUGUCGUUUCUCCACAGGCGAACAAGCCCGUGAUUGGAAUAGUGCAGGACCCAUUGCUGGGGUGCCGACUCAUCACCAAGAGGGACACAUUCAUUGAUAAGGAGUUGUUCAUGAACAUCCUGCUGCACAUGGAUGGAUGGGACGGCAAGAUACCGCAGCCCACUAUCCUGAAGCCCAAGGUGCUGUGGACCGGCAAGCAGGUCUUCAGCAUGUUCCUUCCCAAAGUCAAUGUGCGGCGAGAGGCACAGUGGUACAAGGAUAAGGAGCCAGAGGACUUCUCCCCAGAAGACACCCAGGUGCUAAUCCAGAAUGGGGAGCUGCUGAUGGGAACGCUGUGCAAGAGCACACUGGGCAAGUCCGGAGGGGGUCUGGUGCACACAAUAUGGAUGGAGAAAGGGCCAGAGGCGGCCAGGGGCUUUCUCAACAACACUCAGUACACUGUGAACCACUGGCUCCUGCAGCACGGCUUCAGCAUUGGAAUUGGUGACACAGUUGCUGACACCAGCACCAUGAGGGCCAUCAAUGACAUCAUCAACGAGGCCAAGAUCCAAGUGAAGGAUGUGAUCGAAAAGUUCCAGUGUGGCAAGCUGGAGGCCCAGCCUGGACGCAGCAUCAUGGACUCCUUUGAGCACAAGGUGAACCAGACCCUCAAUGAAGCCCGUGACAGUGCGGGCCAGAAGGCACAGCACAGCCUCAAGUACACCAACAAUGUGGUGCGCAUGGUCACGGCGGGCUCCAAGGGCUCCUUCAUCAACAUAUCGCAGAUGAUCGCGUGUGUGGGACAGCAGAAUGUGGAGGGCAAACGUAUUCCCUUUGGCUUCAGCCAGCGCACACUGCCACACUUCACCAAAGAUGACUUUGGGCCAGAGAGCCGUGGUUUUGUGGAGAACUCAUACCUGCGGGGGCUGACACCUCAGGAAUUCUUUUUCCAUGCCAUGGGUGGUCGUGAGGGGUUGAUCGACACAGCAGUGAAAACUUCCAGCACAGGGUACAUUCAGAGGCGGUUGGUGAAGGCAAUGGAGGACCUCAUGAUCCGUUAUGACGGCACAGUUCGGAACUCUGCUGGAGAGGUUGUGCAGUUCCUGUACGGGGAUGAUGGUAUGGAUGGUGUUGGGAUCGAGGCCCAGAAAAUGGAGCACCUGCGCAUGGAUGACACCACAUUGGAGAGGAUGUACAGAAUUGACCUUGACUCUGACUUCAAACCUGACUGGAUCGAGACUUCUCAUUGGGAAGAGAUGAGGAGCGAUCUUGAAGUUCGAGAGAUCUUGGACACGGAGUAUGAGACAAUCUUGCAAGACUUGCACAUCUUGCGAACACAGAUCCUGGAGAAUGGCAGGCCUAGGGUCCAUUUGCCUGUGAACAUCAAGCGCCUCAUAUGGAACGCUCAGAAAAUGUUCAAGUGCAAGCCCCACAAACGGAAGUCGACAGGCCUUAGUCCAUUAUACAUUAUCGAGAAAGUGCAGGAGAUCGCUGAGAAGAUCAUCGUGGUGCCUGGAGAUGAUCUGUUGUCCCAGGAGGCCCAGGUCAAUGCCACCUUUCUGUUCAUGUCAUUGAUGAGGAACACCCUUGCAGCAAAGAGGGUGCUGAGGGACUAUCGUCUCACACGGGACGCCUUCGAUUGGGUGGUGGGGGAAGUGGUCUCCAGGUUCCACAUGGCAAAGUGCCAUCCAGGAGAGUGCAUAGGCACUAUUGCGGCCCAGUCAGUGGGUGAGCCGACGACACAGAUGACGCUGAACACAUUCCACUUUGCCGGUGUGUCUGCCAAGAAUGUGACGCUUGGUGUUCCAAGGCUGACAGAGAUCAUAAACAUAGCAAAGAACAUCAAGACGCCCUCGCUUUCGGUAUACUUGAAUGGGGAAGCCAGAUACAACAAAGAAAAGGCAAAGGAGAUUCAGUGUGACCUGGAAUUCACAAGGCUCAGGAAUGUUGUUCAGACCACAGAAAUUUGGUAUGACCCAGACCCUCUGACCUCCGUGGUCCCUGAAGACAAGGAGUGGGUCGAUCAGUACUAUGUAUUGGGCUUUGACGAGGAUGUGGACCAGGCCCGAUUAACACCGUGGGUGCUCAGGAUCGUCCUCCAAAAGGAGAUGAUGUUGGACAAGAGCCUUACUCUGAAAAAGAUCGCAGAAAAGAUCAGCUUGAAUUAUGAGGACUUCUUGUACUGCAUAUUCACGGAUGACAAUGCCAAUGUGUUGGUGCUGCGGGUUCGCAUUGUCGCUGAUGAGAUGAGCAAGGGCGAAGGGGAUUAUGCUGACUACAGCGAGGCACUUCGAAAGUUAGAGCAGAUGCUCUUGGAACUGGAGAUCCAGGGUAUACCCAACAUAAACAAGGUGUUUAUUAGGGAGGAGAAGAGCGACGUCAUCGAUUUCGAAGGAGGCACUGGGUACCGCGAACAUAAGGAGUGUUUAUUAGACACGGAGGGAGUGAACUUGCUAGAAGUAAUGUGUCAGCCGGGUGUUGACUACACUCGAACGACAAGCAACCACAUGGUGGAGGUGUUUUCCGUGUUGGGCAUCGAGGCUGUCAGGAGCGGCCUGCUGAAGGAAUUGAGAGGCGUCAUCGAGUUCGACGGGUCCUAUGUGAACUAUCGACAUUUGGCCAUAUUGUGUGACACAAUGACCUACAGGGGCCACAUGAUGGCGAUCACGAGGCACGGCAUCAACCGCAGCGAGAAGAGUCCCCUCGCGCAGUCCAGCUUUGAGGAGACCGUGGACGUCCUGUUCAGGGCGGCCAUGAAUGCCGAGGUGGACAUCAUGCAGGGCGUCUCGGAGAACGUCAUGCUGGGCCAGCUGUGCCCCAUCGGCACAGGCUGUUUCGACCUGCUGCUCAACGAGCGCAUGCUGAUGGAUGCGGUGGACGUGGAGCAGAUGGGGUAUGACGUUCCCGACCUGGCCAUGACCAACCUGGGCCACCUCACGCCGGGGCGGUCCCCAGGCCUGACGCCCGGCCGCGCGUCUCCCAGCUUCCUGAUGUCCCCGGGCAUGGGCUCCCCGGUGCCCAACAACGUCCUCUUCUCCCCCGGGGACAGGGGCCCCUUCUCUCCCACCCCAACGACGCCGGGGCCGUACUACUCUGCCUCGCCCCUGCCCCCGGGUCAGUCGCCCUCUAGCCCGCAGUACUCGCCCACGAGCCCCUCCUACACGCCCAAGACCCUGUCGCAGACGUCGCCGGGCUACUCGCCGACGUCCCCGACCUACUCUCCGACUUCGCCUUCCUACUCCCCGAGCUCCCCCUCCUACUCCCCCACCUCCCCCUCCUACUCCCCCACCUCCCCCUCCUACUCCCCCACCUCCCCUUCCUAUUCCCCCACCUCCCCUUCAUACUCCCCAACAUCUCCCUCCUACUCCCCGACAUCCCCCUCUUAUUCCCCCACCUCCCCCUCAUAUUCCCCCACCUCCCCCUCGUAUUCCCCAACCUCCCCUUCCUAUUCUCCCGCCUCCCCCUCCUACUCCCCCACCUCCCCAUCUUACUCCCCCGCUUCUCCUUCCUACUCCCCAACCUCCCCUUCGUUCUCCCCGGCCUCCCCAAAGUACUCUCCGACGAGCCCCCAGUACUCCCCGACGAGUCCCCAGUACUCUCCGACGAGUCCACAGUACUCUCCUGGAGGCAGGCCAUCGGACCCGGCCACGUCUCCAGGCUACUCUCCCUCGUCGCCCGUCUACUCCCCCACCUCCCCGCAGUACUCGGGUGGUGCAAGCCCCAACUACUCCCCGACGUCUCCCAAGUACUCCAUGUCGCCGAGGUACUCGCCCUCCUCUCCGCAGUACUCGGGGGGCGCGUCGCCCAACUACUCUCCGACGUCACCGCAGUACGUUGGGGGCGCCUCCCCGUCGUCGCCCAACUACUCGCCGACGUCACCGCAGUACAUCGCAGGGGCGUCGCCCUCGUCGCCCAACUACUCCCCGACUUCGCCCCAGUACGUGGCGCGGGCGUCACCAUCGAGCCCCAACUACUCGCCGACGUCGCCGAGGUACUCUCCAUCGAGCCCGGCAGGCCGCUUGUCGCCCAGCUACUCACCGACGUCUCCCAUUCAGUCGCCGGGCGCGGACGGCUACGCGACGUACUCCCCAACGUCUCCCCUGACGUCUCCUGGGAGCGGAUCAGGGGCAGGGGCCAGGAGGGCCAGCGGAGGCGGGAGCAGCUCGCCCAGCUACUCGCCGACGUCGCCUGAGUAUUCGCCAGGGGUCACAGGAGGAUCCACAGGACGCAGGACGUACUCGCCAGAGUCACCGACCUACUCGCCAUCGUCGCCGCAGGUGAACUGA